AUGCCUCUCGCAAAAUCUAGAAAUACGGUUGGGUUGGGGAAUAGUUUGAUGAAUGAUCGUUUCGGAAAGGGAAAGGGCGCUGAUCGCAAAAAAGUCUCCUACAAUGCCGCCGCUGUUCGACGGACUGGACCCAGUGGUGAGGUUUAUAUUACCAACCCAUCCGAGGAGGCGUCGUGGGUUAAAAUGCGCAGUAUUACGGAGCAAGGUGCUCUGGAUGAGUUUCUGAGUACGGCAGAGCUUGCAGGGACAGAUUUUACAGCGGAGAAAUUGAACAACGUCAAAAUCAUACAUACGGAUCAGAAGAAUCCUUACCUGCUCUCUGCAGCUGAUGAAAGGGCUGCAGUCAAGAAACAUCAACGGAAUCGUGGAAGAUUGACAGUUCCCCGUCGACCGCAAUGGGACCAAUCGACAACCCCGCAACAGCUGGAUAGAUUGGAGAGGGAAAGUUUACUUGAAUGGAGGAGAGGGCUUGCGGAGUUGCAGGAACACCAUGAUCUGUUGAUGACUCCAUUUGAGAGGAAUCUGGAAGUUUGGAGACAGUUGUGGAGAGUUAUCGAACGGUCAGACUUGGUCGUGCAAAUCGUUGAUGCAAGAAAUCCACUACUCUUCAGAUCGGAAGACCUGGAAAAAUAUGUGAAGGAAGUCGAUUUUAGGAAACAGAACUUGUUACUGAUCAACAAGGCAGAUAUGAUGACGGAGAGACAGAGAGAAGCAUGGGCGGAUUACUUCGAAGAACAGGGUAUCAACUACAAGUUUUUCUCAGCUGCAAUGGCCAAGGAGAGCCUCGAGACGAUGGAAUUGGCUAAGAAAGGGAUAGGUGGGGAUGUUUCGGAAGAGGAGCUAGCUGAUAAUGCAAAGAGAUUAAAUAUUGAAGGUGAAGAAGAGGAUUCCAGCGAGGAAGAAUCGGAGACUGAUGAGGGUGUACUCCUUCCUAAUUCUAAGAGAUCCCGCACGCAGAUCCUUACGAUUGACGAACUCGAGGAGCUUUUCCUUGCAGCUGCACCGCAUAUACAACCAAAGGAAGGGGAUCAAGGGAAAUCCAGGCCAACCACUAUUGGCCUUGUCGGAUAUCCUAACGUUGGAAAAUCUAGCACUAUAAACGCGCUUCUUGGCGCAAAGAAAGUCGGGAAGCUCCUGUUCUGUCACCCUCCACCUACCUCUGAAUGCGCCAUUGAAGCCGGAAAGCACCCCAUUGACCCAGCAGAGUUCAAUCGAGAAUUAUAUGAUAUUUCCCAUCUACCGCCAAAAAGACGAGAGGCUUUCCUUAGUCAAGGGACAGUAUCGCCCCUCUCCGAUCUUGAUGAAUCGUCUGGUCACCAUGACAACGAUACCGAUAUAAAUUUUUCUCAUCCUCAGGGUGCCCGCGCGCGGAACCUCGACAACGGAUUUUUCUCAGCCGUCGGCUCGGGAGGCGCAGAGCACGUUAAGAUGCCCUUCAGUUAUCAAUACACUGAACAAGGUGCUCUUCAGAACCAAAGAAUGAUGGCAGCAUUAGCAAAUGGGAUUGGUGAUUCAGAGGUUCAGAGGGUUGGAAAGAAGCAUUUCAAGGGUGGGAAGAGAAAAGCGAUCGAACAAAGGAAGAAGCUAAGAGCUAAGGGAGGGGAAGAAGAUUUCUAUUAG